AUGGGCACCAAGCAAAUCCAAAUAUUCAGCGACUCACAGCUUGUUGUCCACCAAGUCAACCAGGACUUCACGGCCAAGGACGUCUCCAUGACAGCCUACCUCCAACAUACCCGCCACCUGCUUACAACUUUCAAUGCUUAUCUCAUAGGCCAGGUGCCACGCUCUGAGAACAGCCAUGCUGAUGCAUUAGCAAGGCUAGCCUCGACGAUGGAGCAGGGCAUAGGUCAAAACAUCCACAUCGAGUUCUUGGACCAGCCCCGUACACGGGCACCACUCAUUUGUGUCAUCGAUCAAAGCCCUACAUGGAUGGACCCUAUCACUCAGUUCUUGCAGAACCAGACACUACCUACUGAUCCUGCUGAAGCGCGGCGUGUUCGCUAUCGUUCCGCCCGAUACUUGAUCAUCAAUGGUGCCCUAUACAAGCGCGGCUUCAGCCUCCCCUACCUUCGGUGCUUGACCCCAGAGGAAGGUACCUAUGUCCUGAGAGAGAUUCAUGAGGGUAUCUGUGGCAACCACUCAGGCGCUCACUCCCUAGCACACAAGAUCAUUCGGCAGGGAUAUUUUUGGCCAUCACUUCACACUGAUGCCCAGACCUUCACCCAGAAGUGCGAUAAGUGUCAGCGAUUUGCCAACAUCCCACAACUUCCAACCGAGCCAUUGACAGCCAUGGUCAGUCCUUGGCCAUUCGCCCAAUGGGGACUUGACCUCAUCGGACCUAUGCCUGAGGGCAAGGGCCAAGUCAAGUAUGCAGUUGUAGCUGUGGACUACUUCACCAAGUGGGCUGAAGCUGAAGCCUUAGCCACCAUCACUGCAGCCCGCAUCGAAACUUUUGUUUGGCAAAACAUCGUCUGUCGCUUUGGCAUCCCCAACACCAUCGUCACGGACAAUGGCCGGCAAUUUGACAACGCAAAGUUCAAGCAAUUUUGUUCCAACCUCAAGAUAAAGCUUUGCUUCGCCUCCCCAGCCCAUUCUCAAUCUAAUGGCCAGGUGGAAGCUGUGAACAAGAUCAUCAAGAAAACUCUAAAAACUAAGCUUGACAAAGCUAAGGGUUGCUGGCCGGUGCUACUCCCAGAGGUUCUCUGGUCCUAUCGCACCACCUUCCGGACCUCAAUAGGAGAAACACCUUUCUCUCUCUCCUUUGGUACCGAAGUAGUGGCACCAGUGGAGAUUGGCCAGCCCACAUACCGCACCUCCACUUAUGAGGCCAAAGCCAAUGACGAGCAGCUAGCCCUAAACCUCGACUUCAUUGACGAGCUUCGUGACCAAUCCAACAUGCGCAAUGUCGCGUACAAACAGCGCAUCGCUAAGUACUAUGACUCCCGAGUCAAAGCCCGUGCUUUCAAACUUGAGGACUGGGUCAUGCGCAAGAUUUCCUUAGCCACCAAGAAUCCUACUGGAGGUACCUUGGGCCCAACAUGGGAAGGUCCUUAUGAGGUUACCAAAGUCUGCUGCCCCGGCACUUAUCAGCUUCGUGACACCAAGGGCAAGACCUUGCCUCAUCCUUGGAAUGCGAAUCACCUCAAGCAAGGCAAAAUGUUCAUACAUAAUCACCUAUGCUUGGUUCCAUACGGACUCAAAACAAGGGCCACCCAUCCUUGGUUCCACACUCACCUAUGCUCAAGCUCCAGCGAAUCCGACAAGGACCCAGCUCACGGGAUGACGACACUACGGACCCAGCUCCAGAUCGUCUCGGAAACCAUGCACUCAGACCCACUCCUUGCCAAAGACAAAUCAGCCCUACUUAGGUCCCUUGCCGAAAGGCACCCGCCGCCCGGAAUCCUUCCUCCUGGCAGCUGA